AUGUCUACUACAUCCGUUCCUCCCCCUUCGCAAGCCCAGGCCCGAAUAGUGGGCGGCUUUGAAGUUGAUGAUGACCCAGAAGAUGAGGAAGGGACCCCGGAUGGAAAGGAUGAGGGUGAUGUCUAUGAUCCAUCUAUUGGCUUGGACUUCGAUGCUCCUACGCCUGCCCCUUCAAAUCCCCUUGAUAGAACUUUCCAGUCACCAGAACAAGAAAAUGGAAUCGCUCCUGUUCCUGUCCAGGCCACUGGUAGCCCUGCUGACAUUUCUUCUUCCACUCUUCCUGCUGGCGCUGAUGCACCACGUGCUGCCACCGCCACACCUUCUCAAACUGCUCCUGAUGCUCCAGCUCAACCUUCUCCGCCUCGCUCUCAUGUGAAUGGUUCUGUUGCUCCAGGCUUACCCAAGUCUCGACUAGCUCAUGAUGUGGUUGGUAUUUUGGAAGACCGAAUCAAAGACGACCCACGCGGUGACACAGCUGCUUAUCUCGAAUUGAUCGACGAGUUGAAGAGUCGAAACAAACAGGAUGAUGUUCGCAGGGUAUACGAACAGUAUCUUGCCGUAUUUCCAUUGGCUGCGGAACAAUGGUGCGCUUUUGUCAAAUGGGAAGAGGAACACGACAGGAUGCGUGCUAUGGAAACGCUGUUCAAUCGAUCUCUUCUUGAAGUGCUUGAUGUUCAACUCUGGUCACUGUACAUCAACUACAUUCGCCGCCGCAACAGUAUGCAGUCGGGAGAUGUCGCGAGAUCUUACAGCAUCAUCAAUGAGUCGUUCAGUUUUGCGCUCAAAACCAUUGGAAUGGAUAAAGACUCGGGCCACUUAUGGCAAGACUACAUUAAUUUCUUAAAAACUGGUCCAGGAACUGUUGGCGGGAGUGGCUGGCAAGAUGGAGCAAAGGUCGACGCGUUGCGAGAAGCAUAUCAAAAAGCAAUCGCCGUCCCCACUGCGGCGACGACAACUCUUUGGAAGGAAUACGAUGCAUUCGAGACGGGAUUGAGUAAGAUCAAUGGUCGAAAAUACCUUCAGGAAAAGUCACCGGUCUACAUGACCGCAAGAACGGCGUACACUCAAUUGCAGAACCUCACCAAAGACCUGCAGCGGACCUCGCGGCCACGGUUACCACCGGCAGCCGGAUUCGAAGGUCACGACGAAUACAUGCAGCAAGUUGCCUUGUGGAAACAGUGGAUCGAAUGGGAAAAGGAGGACAACCUUGUUCUCAAAGACGAGGACUUUGCUCUAUAUCGCACCCGAAUUCUUUUCACAUACAGGCAGGCUCUAAUGGCGUUGCAGUUCUGGCCAGAAAUGUGGUAUGAGGCAGUCGAAUUCUGUUUCGCCAACGGUCUUGACAGCGACGGUACCAAACUGCUGAACCAAGGAAUUGCGUCAAAUCCCGAGUCACCACUUCUCGCAUUCAAACUCGCAGACCGUAUCGAGUCAUCAACGCAGAACGAUGAAGGCUCAGAUCCUGGAGCCAAAGAACGGAUGAAGAAAAUUCGAGAGCCAUACGACAAAGUUUUGGAUGCGCUUUACGAGUUGAUCAAGAAAGUAUCUGUCCGUGAAAAACAGGACAUCCAGAAAGCCGAGCUCGCAGCCGCGGCUAAUGGAGAUGGAAAUGGCACUGAAGAGGACGAAAUCAAUGCUGCCAAUGUGGCGGCAAAGAAGGCUGUAAUUGAUGGCCAGAUUGAGACUAUCAGGAAAGGGGCUCAAGCACAGGCAGACACUCUCAGUCAAAUGAUCUCACAUGUGUGGAUUGCUUUGAUGCGGGCAACUCGUCGAGUGCAAGGGAAAGGAUUGCCGACCGAUCGAGGCCCAAGUGGCUUUCGUGCUGUUUUCGGCGAGGCCCGCAAGCGAGGCAAACUGACCAGUGACUUCUAUGUCGAGUCUGCACGUAUUGAAUGGCAAUGCUAUCGCGACCCAACUGGGACCAAGAUACUCGACCGUGGCAUGAAGCUCUUCCCCGAAGACGAUUACCUUCCGUUGCAAUACGUGAAACAUCUGUUUGAUAUCAACGAUGUCACAAAUGCAAGAGCGGUCUUCGAAACCACAGUCAAGAGGCUUCUUGCGCACGAUGAUGCGGAACAUACUGCAAGAGCUAAGCCCUUGUUUGCGUUCCUGCACGACUACGAAUCAAAAUAUGGAGAAUUGUCCCAAGUCCAAUCUCUCGAAGAGAGAAUGAGAAAGCAUUUUCCAGAAGAUCCCACUCUCAAGCUAUUUUCCAGCCGAUAUAGCACCCCAAGUUUUGACCCAAUCAACGUCCGACCCAUUAUUUCACCGUGCCAAAUUCAACCUGCUAAACCGUCCAUCGUCCCGUCGGUGGAAGUAAAGGAGACAGUCAAUUCUCCAAUCCAAAAGGUCAUCGACGCCAUCACAACCAAUUCUCCCAAACGCCCGUUUCCGGAUGAUUUCGAAGAGGCCAUGCCACGUAAAUUGGCACGGGGCGAGUCGCCUCUUAAGGGUGCGGCUGGCCGUCGGAUGAAUCAGCAACAGCAACAACAGCAACAACAACAACGUCAACCUGCUGGGAUGCCUUCUUUCCCUGUGCCCCCUCCACUGCCACCCCAGAUUACCUACCUACUCAGCAUCCUUCCUAAAGCUUCAACCUACGUCGACACCAGAUUUGACGCUGCCAAAAUGGUUGAAUUGAUUCGCGAUGUCCAUCUUCCACCGCCAGGUGCAGUCACUAGUCAGCAGCAUCAGCCUCCGGCACCUGCUCCUGGAUCAGGCUGGCCUCCGUAUCCGUCGCACCAACCAGUUCCGAUGCCGCCGCAAGGCUUCAUACCGCCACCGGGGGUUACACAAGGGCAAUACAGUGGAGGUACUUGGAUUUAA